AUGUAAACUUAUGAAUUUUAGUUGAAUAAUAAAAGGAAUCUUGAAAGAGAAGAACUCUUUAUAUUAGCCAUUGUUGAAAGGGUUCUGGCUGGUUACUAACAGUCAAUAUCGUAUGUAGAUCAAGCUUAAUUUUGUGAACUUUUAUCGAGGAAAUAAAAGGAAAAGAAGACUAUUUCACCAUUGCAUUUGCAGAUCUUAGGAAUAAUAAAGCGAAAUUUAAUGAAGAACUAACCACCAAUCAAAGAAUAGAAAGUGAACUAUGAAGUUAAAAGGAUGCUUUCUUAAUCAAUAGAUUCAAGAAAAAACUAUCUUUGCUUAUCUCGCAAAAUGAAUCGAAACUGUAAAGCUAAGUAGAUCUCUAAAGUAGAUUCUCAACAAUAAUUGGGGAAGGAUGAAAAAUAAACAUUAGAUUAGAAAAGUAACCAAGAAGGGUAGAGGUUGUUUACGAAUGGAAGUUAUCAUUAAAACGAUUCAACAACUUCAAGAGUUAUUAUUAAUUCAUUUUAGUUAAAUAGUCGUAUUAAAACAUAAGCUGAUGAUGAGUUAAAAGAAAUGUAAAUUUAAAAACAGUUGGGUAGUACUUAAAAGAAUUUUAAGAAUAGAAAUCAAAAACCCAUUAUUAAUAUAGUAACUUAAUAUGGGAAGAUAGAAAAAUAAGAGAAUUACACAAAAUUAUAGGAAAGAAAUUAUCAAACAAGUUUCAAUGAUUAAUCAACCAAAGUAAAUUAAAAUAAUGAAAAUUCUGUUUUUAAGUAUAACUAAUCACUUUUGGAACCAUAAUUAAACAAAAAUAAUGUAGACAUAAUAAGUGACUAAUCCAAAACUGAUAAUAAUACAUUUAAUGGAAGAGGAGAUUCAAUUAAUCCAUAAUAUUCUUAAAGCAAUUCUAAAAAUCAAUAGUAAAAACUUCAAAUGGGGAAUGAUUCAGGUAGGAUAGAUUUAAAAGAUAAAUAGUAGUAAUAUAACAAUAACAAUGAUGAUGAUUUAAGUUCUUAAAGAAUACAACUGACUUUGAGUGAUGGAUUGAAACAAAUUACUUAUGGUACUCAUACGGAAUUAUCAUUUUUGGAUACAGAUCCUAAAUAAAUCAAGCAGACUAUUCAAAGUGCAAAAUAUUUAGAUAAUAAUUAAGAGUAAUAAUUAUAACACAACAAUUUAGAUAACAAUAGGUAAUCAUAAUAAUUAGAAUAUAUAAAUUAAAUAGAUCUAUAGAACAAUAACCUAAUAACUCCAAAGACUGAUGAAAUUAAACAACACAAUAAUUUUCUAUCACCUCCUUAGUCAUCCAGAACAUUGUAGUCAGGGAAAUCAACUAAGACAAAAUUGAGAACUUUACAAUCAAAUGAAUUAAAAAUAGAAGAUUUAUAACAACGUUAAUAAAUUUCAAUCUCAAGGGAGGAGUCUUAAAUCUCCUUAUUAGAUUAAUCCUUGAAUAAAUAGCUUUCUUUACACACUCAUUUAAUUUCUAACAGACCUGCAACUACCAAUGUAGAGACGAAAAAAUAGUUGGAUUAUCCAUAAUUUUAAACUCAUGGCAAUCUUGAUUAAUAACAAUCCAUGUAGUUUAUUCAAUAAGUCAGUAUGACAUCAAUUAUGCAUAAUGAUGAACACUAUUCUAACUUAAACUAAUAAAUGAGUAUAUAAGUAAAUUAAUGUGAACCUGCAUAAGAUAAUGUAAUAAUUGAAGAAUCCAUUGAAUGCUCUCCUAUUUAUAAAAUUAAAAACGUAUAAAGUAUUACACCUUCAUUUAAUAAUACAAAAUCAGAGGACCAUUCAUAAUAAAGUUCAAAUUAAAUUCAAAGUUAAUAAAAAUAAUAGAUUUAACCUUCAAUUCAAGCAUCUCAUUCUCAAUAAACCAGCCAAUUUUUAAUGAAUCAAGCUUAAUAGAGAAUAUAGAAUCCAAUUCAUAAUACAUAAAAUAGUGUAAAAAACAAUAAUAAAUUAACAACAAAAUAAAAGUAUCAAGUAAGAGAGUAAUAAUAGUAACAAAGAUCAGAUGAUAGUUAGCCAGAAAGUAAAUUAACAAUAGAAUCGUCUUAAGGGGAGAAAUCAAGUAGAUCCAAACCAGUUAAAAAUACAUCGCAACUCAAGUUGCAUGUUGCAGCAGCAGCCAGUCUGACUUCCACAACUAAGAAAUCCUCCAAUUAAAACUCUCCUCAUGAUGUAUGACUACUUACUAUUAAAUUAGCCAGCAAAAGUUGAAUAACAGGAGAAGGAAAGAUCAAAAUAUAUGGAAUAUUAGAAAUAAAUAGAAAAAAUGAAAUAUGAAAGAGAAUUGAUGGAGCAAUACUAAAUCCCUGAUGAUAUGCCAUUGUCUGAAAAGUGUGCGAUUAUUGAAGAAUUGAUUAAGCAACUAGAAUCAAUUGCUGAUCAGGAUGUAAAAUAUUAGAUAAUGCUAUGUAUUACAAUUAAUAAUAUUUUAAUAGACAAACAGAGAUAGGAAUAAUUAAAACAUGUAGCAAAACAAGAUAUUGGUUUUAAUCGAUAUUUUGAAAAUUGUUACGAAGAAUUAAAGCAUCUUUCGGAAUAAAAAUUGAAAACAUUGGGAAGAGAUGAUUUAAAUAAAGUUUCAAAUUUGAAAUUUGAAAAUUAAGUUUAAACAUCUUUUCCAAUUUAACAACAAGCAUUUUUCUAAUAGGAAAUUAAUACUCCAGUUCAGAAGAACUUGAAAUUAAUCAGCAAAUUGGAUCCUGUUGAAAUAGAAAACUAAUUGAAUAGAAUCAAAGAAUUCAAGUAGGAAACUGAAAUUUUAAAAUUGUUUUAAUCUUUCAAUUCCCAGUAUAAUAAAGAAGUAAUAUAGCUUAUAAAUUGAAGGUUAAUUAAUGUGAUCUUGACUAUCCGACAGAAAAGGAUAGGUAAUAUACUAUGGAGUAUCAGAGAGGAUUAUUACCUAAGGCCACUCAAAAGAGAAAAUAAAAUAACAAAUAGGACAAGAAGUUAAGGUUGAAUACACAGAAAAUAGAUCCUAAAACAUUGGAUAUGAUGUUAGUAGCUAACGAGAAAAUAAAAUCAGUUGGCUAAUAUUUAUUAUGA